AUGGUGGAUGAAUUCACAAAGCUUAUGACAAGCAAGUUUCAAAUGAGCAUGAAUAUAGAGAUUAAUUCAUUUCUAGGUCUUCAGGUUAAACAAGUCCCUCAGGGGAUAUUCAUCCAUGAAGAGAAAUACACCAGUGAAUUGUUGAAGAAGUUUUCAAUGGAUAAUUGCUCCUCAGCAAAGGUUCCUAUGGCCUUUGAGUAUAAAAUCUCAGUUGACCCUACCGGAGAUUCAGUUGAUCAAAAGAUAUACCAAGGAAUGAUUGGCGCAUUGAUGUACCUCACUGCUAGUAGAUCGAACAUUGUAUUUGCUAUGUGUUUAUGUGCUAGAUACCAAUAUGAUCCCAAAGUAUCUCACUUGACCGCAGUCAAGCAAAUCUUCAGAUAUCUAAAACGGAGUAAAGCCUUGGGUAUUUGGUACCCUGCGGGUAAUGGAUUCAAUCUUCAGGCUUUUACAAACGUAGAUCAUGCCGGCUGCAGACUCGAUCGAAAGAGCACUUUGGGUGGAUGUUAG